AUGGGUCCUCAGAUCCUCAAAAGGUUCUACAGCUGCACCAUCGAGAGCAUGGUUGCUGGUUGCAUCACUGCCUGGUAUGGCAACAGCUCGGUCUCCAACCGCAAGACACUAAAGAGGUUGGGUGAUGUGCACACCAAGGAACUUGAAGCCUUCAACCUGCUCCACUGCAGCCCGGGGUUCUGCAUAGCUGGUGGGUGGCAUAAGGACGGCACCUACUGCCAGUGCCAGUCUAUGGUGGCACCAGAGUGGGCAGAGCAGACAUGCAGCCCCUUGACAGGACCCACCCGGAGAGCCUGGUCUCCUUUAAAUCUCUCCUCUCCUUCCUCCCGAGUCUAUGCAGCCCUGCCCAGUCUACUGCUGGUACUGCUCGGUCUGCUACAGGCGGCUAGCGGUUGUCCCACCUUGUGCAUCUGCAAAAGCAAUGGCACAGACUGUACAGGCCUGGCUCUGCUCUCCCUAACCACCGUCCUGCCCCUGCUGCCCCAGGACACCCGCACCCUCCGCCUGCCCCACAACAACCUCUCCUCCCUAGGCGACGGGGACCUGUCCAACCUCAGCGCUCUGGAGCUCCUGGACCUCUCCGACAACCACCUCUUCAGCCUGCAGCCAGGGGCAUUCUCUGGACUCAGUAGCCUCCAGUGGCUCAACCUCUCUGGUAACAAUCUGGGUGACUGCCCCCUUCUUACCUCUCUUGACCCCAGUAACCAGACGGAGGUGACACAGAGUAACAGGAGUUGCUGGGGGCUGAGCCGAGAGCUGUUCCAGGGUCUGUGGACACUGAAAGGGCUGGACUUGUCGCUGAACGGCCUGGUUGUUCUGCCCAUGGGCCUGCUGGACGAGCUCCAGGGCCUGGCCUGGCUGUCUCUGGCUGGAAACAAGCUGCAGAGCUUGGACAGAGCCACCUUCCAGCCCCUGGGCAGCCUGUUGAGCCUCCAACUGGCAGGGAACCCAUGGGAGUGUGACUGCAACCUGAGGGACUUCAAGCACUGGAUGGAGUGGAUGCUGUACAGACACGGGCAGGUGGAUGCUGUGAAGUGCAACCUCCCCAAAGAGCUGAGGGGGCAGGACAUCCGCAGCAUCCCCAUAGAGAUGUUCAACUACUGCCUGCAGCUGGACAACCAGGACAGUGUCCCUGGCUACAACGGGCGCAGAGGAGGAAGCCCACCCUGCGUCGGUCGGAUUAACGGACCCAUGAACGGGCCCCAGGUUAACCAAGAAGAAUGUGUGCGCCAGCGCUACCGGCCCGUUAGCGUGCGCAGGGCCUGGGGGACUCAGAUCGUGGCGGCGUGUGUGUGCGGCGUGGUGUGCGUGUUGAUGGUGGUGGCGGCCACCUACGGCUGUAUCUACGCCUCUCUCAUGGCCAAGUACCAGAGGGAGCUGAAGAACAGAGGGCAGCCCCUGAUGGCGGGGGAGGGAGGGGGGGAGACAGAUGCUGAGGACGGAGCCUGUAUGUCCUCCCUAACAUCACCAGAUGAACCAGAGCUGAAGGAGUCCAGCCCGAUAGUCCACGGAUACAGAAUAACAGGCUUUUGACCAUUGUUUUUCUGACUGGCUGAAAUUCCUGUUAGAAGCAUUCAGUGGACUGAACUGAAUGUCGUACUCCCCUGUGCUAGGGCAUUCUAGGUGAGGGAAUGUAUGGAGCUGAGAAAGAUUAUCCCUGCUGCACAUUGCUGGUGGUGGAGUCAUACAGACAUGAUCAUACAGGCGAUCGUAUAGAGGAAAAACUGGAAUCCUGCUUUGCUUCAAGACGUGUGGAUGCUCUGUGGUUUGUUCUGCCCUGUGACUCUUUAGUCAGGUCUCCAAAUGUGUGUUCAUGAUUUUGGCACCUCUGCACCUUGGUUAAAGAGACGUUCCUCAAAAUUGUCUUUGGAAUUGUUAUUAUUCUUUGAUCCCACCGUUGUCAAAGUUAUUUGUGUUUGAAGCAAAACAUGUCAACAGAUCAUAGAUUAAGUCAACAUGUUGAAUAUCCCUGUCCAAUAUCCCUGUGUUGUAACUGUGCCUAAUGUUUCGCUACAAUAAGCCCAGGUAAACAAUCCCAGUAGUGGUUGUCGCUCAAUUAGUUGGAUAUGAGAUAACCAAAAAAUAGUUGAUAUGAAUGUACUGAGAAAUUAAUGUUAAAGCAGUCUUAUACCUGUGCUCAUGUGUAGUUGCUUAAUUUAAUAUUCCAAAUCAUAUCUAUGCAGAGGUAGCCUGCUUUCAAUGUUCCAAAGCCAUACAAUACAAUAGCACGCUACUGACCUCUAGAGGAUGUUAUUAUAACAGCAGCUGAAGAGAAUCAGUUCCAUAAAUAGCAGCCAUAUUCAUUACAAACUGAAUCUAGUUGUCAGCUAUUUCCAUUUAACCGUUUAGAACUGUCAAAUAGAUCAUCAACACUGCCCUAAAAAAGGUGUGUGUAUAUAUAUAACAAUCUCCUUAUUUAGUUAACCCUUAUUUUUGUCUCUAUGUUAAAGCUGAAAUCUGCGUAAGGUAAAACAGCGCCACUGGUCGCCCCCCAGGUGUUAUUGUUUUUGUUUUGUUCAGGAAAUGGAGUAGAGGAGCAUCCAGCAUCAUGGUAAAAUAAAAUGGUAAUACGUACUCUACUGUUCUAUCGCAUGUGCAAUGAUGUCUGAGGGGGGAAAAAACAGUUUGGUUGUUUGAAGUAACGUUUUUGUUUUGGAAGUAGCAGUUUCACCGCUACGGAUUCCAGCUUUAAGGGCCACAGCUUUAAGGGCCACAGCUUUAAGGGCCACACACACCCUAUGCAAACAGAGCAACGGCGCGUCGUAUACAGUCCCUUCCAAAAUUUGAGCCACACAAAAGAACAUAGAACUACGUAGAAAACAACGCUCCAUCACUGGGUUUGCAUAGUUUACGUAAAGUGUGUAGGGGCCUUUAAGCACAUUCAGUUUAUCUGCCCUUCAGGUUUGCUCCAGAAGACGA